AUCACUUUGUUUGCUGGGGUGAACUGGGGUGUGGUGACAACGAGCGGCUGUUUGUACUCUGUGGCUGCGCGUUUUCUCAAUGCGUAAAAAGGCGUGCGCGUCGCGCAUCUCCACUUUCCGGCGAGUGAGAAGAGGUGGGACCUCGGAAACGUAUUUAUAGCAGCAAUUUGCGAUCAUAAAAAGGUGUUUCCUGUUGGAAGAAGUGAGGGGAUCAUAUUAAACACUGUGUGGACGUCGUUUCUUCAGCGUCGGACAGAGGAGCGAACAGCAGUGAUCAUGGAAUCUAAUGAUGUAAACGCACAUGAACCUGAACUGGUGCCACACAAAGGCAUCAAGCUGAUCGAGGGGACGCAUGAUCCAGAUGAUGUGGACCAGAUUUACAACCUGGAGAUCAGGGACUCGGAUGUUUUCGUCAUCACAUACCCAAAGUCAGGGACAAUCUGGAUGCAGCAGAUUCUACUGCUGCUUGAGUCAAAGGGAGAUGUGACCGCCGUCAGUAAACUCAGCAAAUAUUCCAAUGCUGAUCUCAUCCCCUGGAUUGAGCUGAAGGGCAACAGGCAGGCGUUCAUCACGGCCCCAUCACCCAGACUGAGGGUCACCCAUCUGCAGCACCAUGUCAUGCCCUCUGCUCUGAGCCAGAGGGGCAAGGUGAUCUACGUGGCAAGAAAUCCCAAAGAUGUCCUUGUGUCUUACUAUCACUUCCAUAAGGUUGCAAACAUGUUGGAAACGCCGAGGGAUUUCAGUGACUUCUUUGACAAAUUUAUGAGAGGAGACGUGUUUGGGUGUAGCUGGUUCGAUCAUGUUAAGACUUGGCACUCACACAAGGAGGAUAUGAACAUGCUGUUCAUCACUUAUGAAGAAAUGAUUCAAGACCUGCAGUCUGCAGUGAGGAGGAUCUCUUUGUUUCUGGGUAAAGAGAUGACUGAUGAGCAGCUGGCAAAUGUGGUGAAACACAGCACCUUCAACAUCAUGAAGAAGAUCCCUCAUGCCAACUAUGAACAGGUGCCAGGUGAUCUACUCAACCACCACCAAGGAAGAUUCAUGAGGAAAGGCACCAUCGGGGACUGGAAGAACCACUUCUCUGUGGCCCAGAAUGAGAGGUUUGACGAGGCCUUCAACAAAGAGAUGAAGGAUGUUCCUCUGUCUUUUAUCUGGGACAUCAUGGACAUUGAGUGAUCAGUUUGUUGCUCUCACGACAACAAAGUGAACAAAAAGAAGAAACAGUUGCAACUCCAUGAACUCUGCUUUACAGAAACAGCGUCUGCUUCUCUUUCCCUGUGUAUAUUUUAGCAUCUGAGGGUACAUUUCAAUUUAUGGCAGUUCCCCCCCAUUUUAGUUGAAAAACCUAUGCAAAUCUCUAUUGGGGUAUCUUAUAAUACCAUUGUGAUCAUGGAAUGGCUAGGUUGUGGUCUAACUAUAGCAGCCUUGUUUUUUAAUCAUGUACAUUACAUUAUUACUGCUUGCUGAUACACUGAAAUGUCUUGCAUACCAUUCUCAUAUAUCUAAUUUGUAUUGAAUGAGUUAAACCAUUGGAUGUUCUGUGGAAUCACUAAUAUGGCUGCUAAAUAUAUUGUAUUAGUCUAUAUUUACUUUCACAAACAUCAGAGUGUAUGGAUUAAAAUCACAGUAAAACCAUGUUGUCUCAGUCUGUACAAGAGACCACACUCACUGCUUGUGUUCAAUUUCAUAGAAAUGGGACUUCAAGUGCAGGUGAGUAAAGAGUAAAGAGUAAAGAUUGGUGUUGAAAGACUUCAACACCAAUGACUCACCUCAACAUCAACCUUUUGACUUAGAAUGACACAACAAACCCUUGUAGCCCAAAUAAUCAAAAUGAUGUCGUAACACCUCUUUGUUUCCCUGAGAGCAGAGGCCUGUAUGUCCAAGUUAAGUUCAAUUUACCCAGAUUACAUUUUAGUUAUCAGGCUUCUCUGAGCCUAACAUCAGCCGCCCUGAUAACAUGUAUAUGAUAGGGUAGUUAAAGGGAUAGUUCACCCAAAAAUGAAUAUUUUUAUCUACUCACCACUAUGCCGACGGUGAGGACGUCUGUCAGAAUCAAAUAAUCUUUGUUGAAUUAAAAAUAAAUAAUAUUUAUAUUUCCUUUGCUUGUUAGAAUAUCUGUUUUAAACCAGAGUGGACACAAAUGAUACUUCAGAUUAUCAUAUUCAGACUGAGUGACAAACUAAAACAGAACAUGAAACAUUAAAAACACUCACAAAAACACACAUACAAACAAAUAACUGGCUUUGGACUUGGCACAUCUGCAACCUGACAAAGACAUUGUCUCAGCUGCUUUUAACUUUGUAAUUCCUCAGACACUUAUUAACACUGUAUAUUUGUGUAUAUUGAACAAGUUCACCUGGGAUGUGGUGGUGUAACAGCAAUUAUGAAACUGCUUACGCAACUGAUUUUACAAUGUGAAGUGCAUGAUGAUGAAAGCUGGCUAUGGAAGAUCAAUACUGUCGAGCACUGAAGCUAUGUUCAAUUAUAUUACCAGAUGUAAAUUAUAUAUUUUAAUAAAAUGAGUCUUAUUCAGUUGUUAUAUGACUGUUCGGAGACAAUAAACACUGAUGCACUGAGAA